AUGAAAAGUGAGAUUCUUCCCUUCUGCCAAGAUCUCAAUCAUUGUGAUUUUGGAAGAUCUGGACUUAUAAGAAGUUGGAUUGUGGUGAUUGUUCCCACGGACUUUCCACUAAAAUCACUAAUCUGUCCAGCCUUCACAGCAAGAAUGGGAAAGUUCCUAAAUCACACAGUUCUUGGAGUUGCUGGUCUUAUUGCAGAAACCACCCCACGUUGUCAACUCUACUCUGCAACCCAACAUGUCCUUCAGUUGAAGAGUUAUUUUCUGAAUCUGAGUUUCUGUGCAAGUUCUCAAUGGAUGUUCCUGCAAGCACGGUCUCUGCUGGAAGUCAUAGUCUCCAGGAAGGGACGCCGUUCAGCUGCUUCUGUUUUCCAGGAUGGGAAGCUGGGAGAAGCAAGUAGUUUGUUUGACGAACUGGGGAAGAGUGGCCUUUCUCCUAAUUUGGAAGGCAGGUUGGAGGAAGUGUGUAAGUUGUUCGAGGAGAUGAAAGGAAGGGGUGUGAUCCCAGAUAGUGUCAUUUUUACAACAUUGAUCAAUGCACACAGUAAGUUGGGCACAACUGAAACUGCCUUGAAACUGCAUGAUGAAAUGGUAAAACGAGGAAUAACAUUUGAUGUGGUUGCAUACAAUACACUCGUCCAUGGGCUCUGCAGGGCUCUUGAGAUUCGAAACAAGACGGUUAUGAGAGGUAUGAAGAUGGAUAAUGUUUGUUACACUGCUCUGAUAACUGGACUUACCAGGCAACAAAAAGUUCUAGAUGCACACAGCAUGUUGCACAAGAUGUUGAAGGCAGGUUUCAUGCCUGAUGAUGCAACCAACACAAUGGUUAUUGAUGGGCGUUGCAAAAAUGAUGAAUUAGACAUGGCUUUGAAUCUAUUCAAGGAGAUGCACCAUGGUGGAGCGGUGCCUGGUGUAAUCCAUUAUAAUGCUUGUAUCAGUGGACUUUGCAAGAAAGGCCAGACACGGAAGGGAAACAUGCUUUUGAAAACAAUGAUUGACAGAGGCUUAGUGCCAGAUGAUAUUACCUUCAACACUUUAAUUCACGGACUUUGCAAGAAAAAAUACUCAAAAGUAUCUAGGAAGUUACAUGAAGAGACGGUUUAUUUCAGACUUUGCAGCUUACACAUCACUAGUGGAUGA